AUGGUGCAGAAACGAAACGUUACAUAUCUAACAGUAUUUUUCGAAAAUCAAAACCCGGUAUCCAUUGGGGCGCCGCGGCAAACGAAUCGGUCAGUGUCAGUUGGUGGAACAGUAGGUGUCACACCUGAUGUUCACAUACUCCCCGAGGGGCGUGUGCCAGCGCCUCAUGGACUGCCACCCUCCCCUGGCUCGCGUAUUGGUGCCUGCAUUGCCAGCAAGAGGCUUCUGGAGGAAACUCUUGCUAAACCUGGAACUCCACCGUCGGUCGUCCUGCCGCCAUCUGGCUACUGGGUGGAUGGAAUCGACGAUGCCCCCCCUGAUGGAGAGGAUGUCGAGCCCCGACCCCAACCAGGAACACCUCGGCCAGCCACUAAGCGGCAUAACAUCGACACUGAUGACACCGCGAAGUACUACAGGCGAUUCUUCCUUGGCAUGGAGCACAUCAAUUUGGUCGGAUUUGAUGAUAAUCUGGGCCCAGUAGUCAUGUCUCUGAAAAACGAACACAUGGCAGGUCAAGAUCAGACUAGGAUAUUGUUGAGACUAUGCACGGAGACUAUGUAUGGACUUAUACCCACCCCUAGAUCAGGAAUAAUGCCCUCACCACUCAGAAUGGCUAAAAUGCUCAACGAGCAAGUAAACAUACUAAACUUGAAUGCUGUCAUGUGUCUCAACGCGUCAUCGUUGAUAGCUGCGUACGACGAACAUGUUCUAGUCAACUGUUUCAAAUUCGGCGUACUGUACCAAACUUACGGACAGACGACAGAGGAACAGUUGUUUGGCAACAACGAGACGUCGCCAGCCUUUGAAGAGUUCUUAGACAUGCUCGGACAGAGGAUCAAGUUAAAGGACCACAAAGGCUAUCGGGGUGGACUGGACAUAAUAAAUGGUCACACAGGCACGGAAGCGGUGUACGAGAAGUUCCACGACCGUGAAAUAAUGUUCCACGUGGCGCCACUGCUACCGCACACGGUCGGUGAUGCGCAACAAUUGCAGAGGAAACGACACGUUGGCAAUGAUAUUGUGGCUAUUGUGUUCCAGGAAAAAGCAACACCCUUUACACCAAACAUGAUUGCAUCUCACUUCCUCCACACAUUCAUCGUGGUCACACACUUGGAGAAUGUCGGUGGGGAGACCAGGUACAAGGUGGCCGUCACCGCACGUGAUGACGUACCAUUUUUCGGCCCGACUCUCCCGCAACCCUCAAUAUUCCGAAAGGGGCGUGAGUUUAAAGAGUUCUUAUUAACUAAACUCAUUAACGCAGAGAACGCAUGUUACAAAGCGGACAAAUUCGCGCAACUGGAACUUAGAACAAGAUCAUCUUUAUUGCACAAUUUGGUCAAUGAUUUGAAGAGGAAAACAAAUGAAUUCCUUGGAGGUGGUGUAAGAAUUGAUCCGGGCGCAGUGUCUCCUCAACCUGAAGUCACGCCGAAACAGGACUGCCCCAGACCGGGGCUCUUCGAUACCGUUAAGAAAGUUAUUAUUAAUAAAGUAAGAUCACCAAGUGUAGACACGAAUCUCUCGGGCGAUGGCAACAAGAACGUUAUAAAUAAGAAUAAAUACAUACAAAAUGAAACUCAUACACCUAAUAGCGCUCGCUCCAAGUCAUCGGUUGCAUCAUCGUCAGCAUCAGCGGUGUCCGUCAGGUCGGCGGGUGGUUCGGGCGCAUCGCACGCCUCGGGCGAGUCCAGCCCAGACGUGACGUCACGAGCCGCCCCACCACGCCCCCCACUUACCGACCAUAGCGAUGACUCUAGCUUAAACUCUGUUGACCUAGAUCCGCUCGGUGGUAUGUACGUGGACAGCGACACGGGCCUGGAGUCGAUGUCGUCGGCCGAGGCGGCGGCGUGCGGCGGGUGCGGGGGCGGCGCGGGGGUCGGUGCGGGGGGCGGCGCGGGCGGAGGGGUGGGGGGCGCGACCGCCGGUGCCGACCAGUUGCGCCAGGAGGUGUGCCGCCUCAAGAACGACAAGCUCGACCUGCUCAAACAGAAUAUUACCUGGCAAAAUGAGAUCAAAUGUUUACGUGAGAGAGAGAUGCAGUUACAAGAGAAGUUGGCGGACGCGUCCAGGGAAGUGAGGAGACUUCGGGAACUACAGGUCACCGGCACCAUCAUCCCGAACCCCUCGAAUCACGACUCCACCGCUUAA